UCGCUAGGUAAAAUGAGGUCGAAAGGCAGACGACAGUUUGCAUCAAGUUGCCCGCAGAGCAGAAGUAAAACUGUUUUAUCGAAAUAAACAUGGCAGUGUUCAUCGCUGGUCUCAUUGGUACAAUUGUCUUCUAUAUCGUCAUCCUGGUCAUCGGACUGAUCGCUGGACGGAAGAAAUCGACCAGUUCGGACACACAAUUUCUGGCCAAUAGGGACUUGGGACUAUUUGUGAGCAGUUUUACGCUGUCUGCUACAAUGGUAGGUGGCGCUUAUAUUAGUGGAACAGCCUCAGAAAUUGCAACGAAGGGAUUGGUGAACACCGUAGCGCCCAUUGGAUACAACAUCGGGAUAGCAAUUGCUGGAGUGGUUUUUGCACCGAAGGUUCGACGGGGAAAUUACACCACCAUCUUUGAUCUCUUUCAGAUCAAAUUCGGCAAAAAGAUGGGAGCUGUUUUAUUCUUCAACGAACUUUUUGCAAACAUUUUCUGGGAGGCUGCUAUACUUGGAGCAUUAGGGGCCUCUCUAAAGUCUAUUAUCGGACUUGAUAUGAACGUGGCUGUUAUAACAUCUGCUUGUGUAGCUGUAGUCUAUACUUUCUUUGGUGGACUCUAUUCUGUCGCAUACACGGAUGUGAUUCAACUCAUUUUCAUUGGAGUUGGCUUGACAUUAGCUUUGCCAUUUGUAUUCACGAACGAAUCCGUGGACCUGUCCAGAGUUGAGGGCAAAUGGCUAGGAACUGUGGCCACAGAACACAUAGGAAACUAUAUCGAUACCUUUGCUGUUGUUGUGUUCGGUGGAAUUCCAUGGCAGUCAUAUUACCAACGUGUACUGGCCUGUCAUUCACCAUCUUUGGCCCGAAACGCCACCUUGGUCUCCAUCAUAUAUUCCAUGCUUCUGUUUCUUCCACCUGCUUUCUUGGGACUUGCAGGUGCCUCGGCAGAUUGGAAUGCCACAAGCUAUGAGGGUAGUCUUCCAUUAAGUAAUACAGACUGGGAGUCAAUUCUUCCCAUGGUUCUUCAGCACCUGUGUCCCACAGCGGUAGCAGUUAUUGCCCUUGGUGCGCUCAGUGCAGCUGUCAUGUCGUCCGCAGAUUCCAUUAUUCUGGCCGUUGGCAGUGUGGUGGCGAGAAAUAUUUAUCAGAAUAUUAUAAGGCCUAAUGCAUCAGACAGGGAGGUUGUUUGGGUCUUCCGUAUUUGCGUAGUCAUUGUUGGCAUCCUGGGAACAGUUUUUGCUUUAACAGUACAGAGUGUAUAUGGAUUACUGAUACUUUGUGGAGACCUCAUGGCCGUAUCGCAAUUCCCACAGCUGAUUUGCGCCCUGUGGUUGGAUGUUGGAAACACCUAUGGAAGCCUGGUGGGCCUUAUCGUCGGUCUAUUACUGAGGAUCCUCGGCGGAGAACAAGUGCUUGGAAUCGAUGCUGUUAUUAAGUAUCCAUUUUAUGAUGUAAAGCACAAUCAGCAAAAGUUCCCUUUCAAAGUCGUCGCUAUGCUUUGUUCCUUGGCAGCAAUCAUUCUGACAUCUUAUGUCACUCAUUUCCUUUUUACACGUCAUUACCUUUCAAAAAAGUUUGACAUUUUUCGUUGCUUUCCUGUUGUAGAGAAGGAAAUUCGUCUCGAACACGAAAAUGAUUUAAUGCUUCAAAACAAAAAUAAGAAUUCUGACCCAAACCUUGAAAAUUCUGACGAAAAGGCUACUCUUACAACGGAUCAAAAUUUUCAAUAG